AUGAAGACAAUCACCAAGAAAGCACUGGUUGACCAAAUCGCACAACGCACCGGACACAAACGCGUCGUCGCAAAGCAGAUCAUCCAAGAGUUUCUUGACCAAGUCAUCGAUGAAAUCGGUGAAGGAAACCGACUCGAGUUCCGCGAUUUCGGUGUCUUUGAAGUCAAGCAACGCGCCCCACGCAUGGCGCAAAACCCGAAGACCCUCGAACGCGUCCCAGUCCCUGCCAAACGCACUGUGAAGUUCAAAGCCGGACGACGCAUGCGUGAGUGCCUCGAAGCAACUGCACCAGAGACAACCGACAGCAAGACGGUCCAGCACGCACGCUCAGCGGACCGUACAAGCGAACCGAAGGUCCAUGUCAACACCGGCACCGCUCCAGCAAUCAUCGGCUCCAUCAACCGAGAAGAAGCGAUCGUCAACAGCUAA